CGCGCUGAUGGAAGGAUGGCAAUCAGCCCCCAGCAUCGCAGUUGGAUUACAUCACUAGCUAGCACUAGGGUCUACAGCCACCUUCCUCGCACUGGUCGUGCUCGCUUUAUAUUAACUGCCCACUCCUGGCCCCUAAACAAUGGAUCGAUGAAAACCCCGAUGGGCCCCGGAGCCAGUCUGCCGUCCGUCCUGGGAAUCGUUUAUCUCACGAUGCCUCUGCGUGUGCUCAAUUUUCUGUAAAAGUUGCCGAUAUGUCCAGUCCCUUCGGUGAGCCGCCCAAGGGCCUUAAUCUCAAGGAAAGCAGCACGGCCAGGAACGAUGCCGUCGUCAUUUCCAUGUACAUGCUGGCUGCGGUCACCAUUUGCUUCCGGUUAUUUUCCCGGAAGAUGAUCCAGCAAGCCAAGAUCGGACUCGAUGACUGGUUGAUAUUAUCGGCCUUGCUUUCAGGUACAGCCAAUAUGGCCUGUGCAAUAGCCGGAGGACACUAUGGUCUUGGGAAACAUAUCUGGGUUGUCUCGAUAGAAGAUAUCGUCCACAUGGUGCAUAUUCUUUACGCAAAUGUCCUCCUCUAUAUCCUAACGGUUCCCCUCAUUAAAAUUUCCAUUAUCCUAUCCUAUCGUCGAUUGUUCGGCAUGCAGUGGACCAUGUGGGCCUGCAUCAUCCUCUCCAUCGGCUACUGGAUUGGCUGCACAGUUGCCUUCCUUUGCUCCAGCAGACCGAUCUCGUACUACUGGACGCAGUACGAAAACCCUUUGGGCGGUCACACCGUCUACAAAAUUUACCCAUUCUACAUCGCCCACGCCGUCGUCAACAUGGCUGGCGACAUUCUCAUUCUACUCGUUCCCAUACCGCUUGUCUGGCGACUGCAACUGCGAACCGCACAAAAGGUCCAGAUUCUGAGCAUCUUCCUUCUGGGUGGCUUUGUCUGCGUCGCCAGCGCCAUCCGCAUUUACUACUUCACCUUUGUCAACGACGUCGACGCCACCUGGAACCUGGGCAACGUAUUCAUCUGGUCCAGUGUCGAACCCUCGAUCGGAAUUGUCUGCGCCUGUCUCCCCGUCCUCCAACCACUCUUCCGAACCAUCAUCAACCGCCACGCGAACGCACCGAAGCGAGCCGCCAAGAAAGGCGUCCGAUUCGCACCAGAUAUCAUGAGCAAAAUCAACGGCGAUGAUCGAAAACAGCGACGCGAUGACGAAGCCGUAUUAACAACGACCUCCAUCCACGUCGAAAUGGACAGUGUUGGCAAGGGAAGAAUCAGUGACGAAGAAGAUUCCAUUGGGUACGAUUUAAUGUCAAUCAAGGUGCAAAAGGAUUUCCAAAUGGAAGAAGAGCAUCGAUAAUUAUUUUUUUUCCCUCUAUCUCUUUUUUGAUUUGUGUUUGGUUCAGCGAGUGCUUUAUGGGACGGUCUCUUAAUUUAUUCUCUCUCUCUCUCACUUUUCUCUACUGCCAUUCUUCAUGUCCAUGGGCGGUGAUUAAUUCCUACUUCUUGUAUAUACAUAGACCUCACGGUAAUACCCCUUUCAAUAGAAUACCGAUA